CCGGUUCUCCGGUAACAAGAACAAGCGAGAAUCCGCAAACUGCGACCCGCCCCGACCCGCUCACACCCCGAGAGCCCCGCACGCAGACAUGAGCGGCAGCGGGCGGCCCAGGACCAGCUCCUUCGCUGAGCCGCCGGGAGGACCCGGAGCCGCCGCCGUUUCGGUCGCCGCUGGGGGAAGCGGCGCAGGAAAAACCGGGGUUGCGCAGGCCGCGGCAACCAGCUCCGGCUUUGGGAACCUCAAGCUCGGCCGGGACAGCGGGAAGGCCACGACAGUGAUGGCCACGCCAGGCCAAGGCCCGGACCGCCCACAGGAAGUGUCCUACACGGACAUCAAGGUGAUCGGGAACGGCUCAUUCGGAGUGGUGUACCAGGCACGGCUAGUCGAGUCCGGAGAGAUGGUCGCCAUAAAGAAGGUGCUGCAGGACAAGAGGUUCAAGAACCGCGAGCUGCAGAUCAUGAGAAAACUGGAGCACUGCAACAUUGUCAGGUUGCGCUAUUUCUUCUACUCCAGUGGGGAAAAGAAAGACGAGGUGUACUUGAAUCUGGUACUGGACUUCGUACCUGAAACGGUUUACAGAGUGGCUCGCCACUUCAGCAAAGCCAAACAGACCAUCCCCGUCAUCUAUGUAAAGGUUUAUAUGUACCAGCUGUUCAGGAGUCUAGCCUACAUCCAUUCCCAGGGCGUCUGUCACCGCGACAUCAAACCACAGAAUCUGCUGGUAGACCCGGAGACAGCCAUCCUCAAACUGUGCGACUUUGGCAGCGCGAAGCAGCUGGUGCGCGGCGAGCCCAACGUGUCCUACAUCUGCUCCCGGUAUUACCGUGCUCCCGAGCUCAUCUUCGGCGCCACGGACUACACCUCCAACAUCGACAUCUGGUCAGCGGGCUGCGUACUGGCCGAGCUGCUGCUGGGACAGCCCAUCUUCCCGGGGGACAGCGGCGUGGACCAGCUGGUGGAGAUCAUAAAGGUUUUGGGGACCCCAACCAGGGAACAGAUCCGUGAAAUGAACCCCAACUACACAGAGUUUAAAUUCCCGCAGAUCAAAGCACACCCCUGGACAAAGGUAUUUAAGCCUCGCACCCCCCCGGAAGCCAUCGCGCUCUGCUCUCGUCUGCUGGAGUACACGCCGGUCACACGCCUGUCCCCCCUGGAGGCGUGUGCUCACUCCUUCUUCGAUGAGCUCCGGGACCCGGGGGCCAGGCUGUCCAACGGGAGGGAGUUGCCCCACCUCUUCAACUUCAGCGCGGUCGAGAUGUCGAUCCAGCCUCAGCUCAACUCAGUUCUCAUUCCCCCCCACGCUCGCUCACAGUCUGCCACGCCUUCUUCCCACGGCGAGGGCAGUCUAGCCGCAGACAGCAGUCCAGCCCAGUCAAGCAGCGGCACGGGGCCAGUCAACAGCGCCUCCUGAGUUGAAAGACUGCCCUGCUAACAACAAUAACCUCCAUCAUUCUCACCGCCCCUCCCACCAUACCACCCUGUGCAUCACUCCACCCAUCUGUCACUGUCUGUCUGUCUGUCUCUCACACAGACUUGAGUUCUCUCUCCGCCUCUAAAGCAUCUGGCAGCUAGGGGGCGCCGCAGGCAAACUCGAGAACCUGAAACUGAACCGAAGUGGCAGGCAAGCAAUCAAACGAGUCGCUAUUAGCAUUUUUUAUUUUUAUUUUUUUUGUACUUUGUUGAUAUCAUAGUUGUAUUAGUAAUAAUGAUAUUGUCGUUCUUGUUGGUGUUGGUAUGGAAAAAUUUAUGUAUAAAGAGAAUUUUUUUUUUUUAAUCUUUACAACCAGAGAUCUUUUUUUUUU